AGAAAAAAUGCCUCCCCCACUACAAAACUUUGGCAGUUCUCUGGCUCGAGAAAGGAUUGAAGAAAGAGCAGAACAGGACAGAUUAGAAAAGAUGAAUACAAAACAAAAAGCAGGAACUCCACUGAGAGAUAUAAAGUUACAGCAUAGAGUUCUACACUGGAUGAUUGGUUUACUAGGGGAGAAACCAAAGGGUAAAGUUGAUUACGAUAACUGGAUACAAGACCCAGCCCUGUUAGUUCGUGUCCUGCAGACUUGUAUGUAUAAUUCAGUGCCAAUGGAUAUGAUAGAGGGUCCAGUAUCUAAAGUAGAGAAGAGAGAGGAUAAGCUUGAACUAUUUUUAAACUACUCAAGACGGUUUGGAGUACCUGAGAAGUAUCUUUUUGAUCCUGAAAUUGAUCUGACCUUGAAGCAAAAUAUUCCAAAGGUGACAAGAUGUCUCGCCUCCCUCGCCAAACUGGCCAGAUUUGAAGAAUUUGAAGAUGUUAACAUAGAAGAGGAAGAGAGUGAAGGAGAAGAUGACGAUGAAAGGAUAGAACAAGAGAAAAGAGAAGGAGACAAGAGAACUGCUGAUUUUGAAAUUGUGAAAAGUAAUAAAUAUAAUAUAACUUAAUAAAUAAUAAUAUGCCCAAAAGUGAAACUUGGCUUUUUAAAAUAAGUAUUAUAUUACAAAAUGUUUUUUUACUCACUUCUAGUAAGAGCUAGACAGUUUGCAGUUAAAGUGUAUUUGAUGUUGUUACAAAGCAAAUAAAUCAAUUAGUAUCUUUAAUUUUAC